UUAAUUCAUCACCACUCACACCACUCUCCUCCGAUCACAACCACCCCACCCACCGGAAAACAAAAGAAACGAAAAGAAAACCAGUCUGCAACAAUGGCAGCCAUGGCUACAACCCUCAGAUCCUCCCUCACCAAGACCUCCUUCUUCGACAACAAGUCCACCUUCCACGGCGCCGCCGUCGUGCCCACACGCGCCGCCCAGCCCAUCAAAUCCACCCCCAAGAACCUCGCCGUCGCCAUGGCCUCCACCCCCUACAACCUCGACGACUUCAAAUUCCAGCCCAUCAAGGAAUCCAUCGUCGCGCGUGAGAUGACGCGCCGCUACAUGACGGACAUGAUAACCUACGCCGACACCGACGUGGUCGUCGUCGGCGCCGGAUCCGCCGGCCUCUCCUGCGCCUACGAGCUCAGCAAGAACCCCGACAUCAACAUCGCCAUCAUCGAGCAGUCCGUCAGCCCCGGCGGCGGCGCGUGGCUCGGCGGCCAGCUCUUCUCCGCCAUGGUGGUCCGCAAGCCGGCCCACAAGUUCCUCGACGAGCUCGAGAUCGAGUACGACGAGCAGGACCACUACGUGGUGAUCAAGCACGCCGCCCUCUUCACCUCCACCAUCAUGAGCAAGCUCCUCGCCCGCCCCAACGUCAAGCUCUUCAACGCCGUCGCCGCCGAGGAUCUCAUCGUCAAGGGCGGCCGAGUCGCCGGCGUCGUCACCAACUGGGCCCUCGUCGCCCAGAACCACCACACCCAGUCGUGCAUGGACCCCAACGUCAUGGAGGCCAAGAUCGUCGUCAGCUCGUGCGGCCACGACGGCCCCUUCGGCGCCACCGGCGUCAAGCGCCUUAGGAGCAUCGGAAUGAUCGAGAGCGUCCCCGGGAUGAAGGCCCUCGACAUGAACACCGCCGAGGAUGCCAUCGUCAGGCUCACCCGAGAGAUCGUCCCCGGCAUGAUCGUCACCGGAAUGGAAGUUGCCGAAAUUGACGGCUCUCCAAGAAUGGGGCCCACAUUUGGAGCGAUGAUGAUUUCGGGACAGAAAGCAGCUCACUUGGCAUUGAAGGCUUUGGGAUUACCACAUGCUUUGGAUGGUUCUUACAGUGAAGCUCAACCGGAGCUUGUUUUGGCUUCGGCCGAGGCCGAUGAUGUUGUCGAGGCCUAGAUUCCGAGUCGACUCGAGAAAAUGAGAUUUGAAUAAAAUGUAAUAAGAGGAGGGGAUUAAUUAUUUCGAAUUCGGAUUUUAAUUAGGGACUUUUAUUUAAUUAGAAGUACUGAAGUACUAUUUAUUUGCAGAUUUUUGCUUGAAAUGUUUCCAUCUUCUGUGUAGUUCCUUCCCCCCUUGUUCAUGAUUUCAAGAAGAUCUCUCUCUACUUACAUAGCUUGUGAUUA